AUGGCGACCGAGCAGAGCAUGCGGAUUCUAGUUGUAGGCGGUAGUGUCUCUGGGCUAUCUUUGGCCAUCAUGCUGGAGAAGUUCGGCAUCGACUACCUAAUCCUAGAAGCCUAUCCCACCAUUGCGCCUCAGCUCGGCGCGAGCAUCGGUCUCCUGCCCAAUGGUCUAAAGAUCCUCGACCAAUUGGGAUGCUACGAACGCUUGCGUGAAAUCGGGGGUGACAUCUACUACAAAUGCUCCAUCAGAUCCUCAGAUGGGCGGAUUCUGUCAGAAACGAAAGACGCAAGUCUUUCUGAGAGCAUUGAAAGCAUGACGGGCUACCCCUGCGUUUUCAUCGACAGGCAAAUGCUUCUUCAGGUUCUGUACGAAAAGAUCCAUCACAAGGAUCGCGUCUUGACGGGGAAGCGAGUCUCCCGGGUGGAGAUGACCGACUCAGGUGUCACUGUCAAGACAAAAGACGGAAGUUCAUACGCCGGAGACAUUCUCAUUGGGGCUGACGGGGUCCGAAGUACUAUCAGACAGGAAAUGUGGCGCCUUGCUUCUGAGGAGAAGCAGAACGUGUUUCCACCAGACGAGGCCCAAAGUCUCAAGUCAAACACGAAAUGCAUCUUUGGCAUUUCGAAUCUUCCCAAGGGCUGGCGUGGGAUGCAGCAUUCUGCCUUCAAUGAUGGGCGGAGUUAUCUACUUGUUCCAGCACCGAAAGACCGGGUUUACUGGUUCUUCUUCCACGUGAUGGACGGCACCUAUUACGGGAAAGACAUCCCGAGGUUCUUAAAAGAAGACGAAAAGGUGCUCGCAUCGAAGUAUUUUGACGACAAUAUCUCGGACUCAAUUACGUUUCGCGAUAUUUAUGAAGGACGACAGGUUGCUACACUUGUAGCAUUGGAGGAGCACGUCUUCUCUCGUUGGAACUACCGACGAAUUCUGCUCAUCGGCGACUUAGCGUAUAAGGUACACUCCGUUACGUUGACA